CGGUUGGAAGUUUUGGCAACUGCGGCGCUAUGUUAUCGUCUUCAUGACUUUCUUGUCAUUCAUCAGUAUUUACUUGAAUAGAGUUUGUCUGAGUGUUGCGAUUGUGGAAAUGACGAGAAAGUUUGAGAAAACUGUGGAAAAUGGCACUAUAAUUGAGGAUCAACACUUCAAUUGGGAUUCAAAGCAGCACGGAAUUGUUCUCAGUUCAUUCUUCUACGGAUAUAUUUGCACACAAAUCAUCGGCGGAAUUUUAGCCUCGAGAUUCGGUGGUUAUUAUAUUUUGCUCUGUGGCGUCGGAGGAUCGGCAGUGAUGACAUUAUUGGCUCCUGUUGCAGCUUCCACGAGUAUUUAUUUCCUGAUUGCAGUGCGAAUUGUUCAAGGAUUCUUCGAAGGAUUUAAUUUGUCUUCGAUGCACGCCAUCCUCAGUCGAUGGGCGCCUGUCUUUGAACGCUCCAGGAUGACAAGUUUCUGCAUUAUGGGAUGCUUUAUAGGAACAGUAAUCGGCAUGUCUUUAUCAGGAGUUCUAGUGUCUCAACUAGGAUGGCAAAGUGUCUUUUACUGCUUCGGAACUUUCGGAAUCCUUUGGUGUUGUGUGUGGAUCGCAUUCAUUCGGCCAUAUCCUGAGACUGACUCCUUCAUAUCCAAAGAAGAAGCCACAUAUAUAGUCACAAGCAUAGGAAAUGAGGCUGAGGAGAAGAAGAAAAUCGUCCAUCCUUGGAAGAAAAUUCUCACAUCAACUGCGGUUUGGGCAAUUAUGGCAUCGCACUUUGCCGAUAAUUGGACGUACGUCACGUUUCUUACUCAAUUACCAACUUUUCUCAGAGAUAUAAUUGGACUGGAAGUUCAAGCGUCUGGAAUUAUUUCGGCAAUUCCUUACAUUAUAAGAAGCUGUUUUUUAGCCAUCGGAGGUUAUUUGGCUGAUUGGUGUCAGAUUAAAGGAUAUUUGACUACCAGACAAGUUCGUCGAUACUUCAAUUGUGGAGCUUUUCUCUUCAUCUCUGCUUCAAUGCUGUUUGUAGCAUUUCUAGAAAAUUCAGUUGCCAUCGUCGUCUUCUUAUCCCUCAUCAUGGGUCUCGGAGGAUUCUCCAAUGUUGGGUUUAUGAUCAACCCUUUGGAUUUGGCGCCACAACACGCUUCAGUAAUCUUCGGGGUUUCCGGCACAGUUGCUUGUCUUUCUGGCAUCGCCAGUCCUUUGAUAACUGGCAUGAUCGUCAUUGAUAAGACGAGGGAACAGUGGCAGAAUGUCUUCUUCAUAAAUGUGGGAAUAAAUAUUGCUGGCUGCAUUUUCUACUGGAUUUUCGCCAAGGCAGAACUUCAACCGUGGGCGAAGAAUCGAAAUAUUGUAAGGUUAGAAGAUCGCGCGAUGUUUUCGAUUGAUGAAAGAGAUAAAGAAGAAUUGGAUGAGUUAAAUCCAGAUAAAUCAAUGUCAAGUCCACCAAAAUAAAAUACAUUUAAUGAACAUUUGACAUCAGAAUGAAUUAAGAUUGUCAACAGAAAAACCAGAUUGAAAGUGAUUUACUUACAUAUGCAAAUACUUCAAGUGCUUCAGGUAUUUAAAUUUCAAC